AUGAAAAUAGAUUCUGUAGAACAAACGAAUGCUAAUAUAGAACCGGUUAAUUCGGAUAAUUCGGAUAGUAUAAAUAAUUCAGGUUCUAAUGUAAAAAUAGUUGAGUCUUCAGAAAAUAGUGAAGUUUUAGAAAAUAUAGAAAUAGUUGAAUCUUCAGAUGAAUCAGAAAACGAAGAUAUAAGUGUUGAGGAAGGGUUUGAUAAUUAUUUACAAGAAUGGGUAGAGAUGGGAGAUGAUAAUGAUGAGAUUUCUCUAAAUAAUACUGUUCAUCCUGCGAUUGACCUCAACGCGAAAUGGGAAUUGGCCACCCUUUUUAAAAAACUGGAUUUAGAAGAUAUUUUUUAA